AUGCCUCUAUUUCUUGGGCCUUACACCGGCAUGUUUCAUCACGCAAUGCCACAGUACAAUAUCGACAAGUUUGGUCAACUGGUCGGCUCCAACCAAGCGACCUCAUUCCAGGGGGUGCCAAGCGUUGUACUAAGCCUCGCAAACUCGGACAUAACGGAGCGAUUUGACUUUUCAAAAGCGCACAUCAUCAACAUCGGUGGUGCUCCGUUGAAACCAGAGCAGAUCGAAAGACUGCUCAGGCGAGCUCCAUGGAAACUCAUCCAGGCGUACGGGAUGACGGAAGCCGCUGGCUAUGUGGCCUACCAGGGCUUCGACGAGGAAGUCCCCGACGGCUCGACUGGAAGGCUGCUGCCUGGUAUCGAGGCGGCGCUCAAGAAGGAAGGAAGAACUGAAGAUGCACCGGAAGGAGGUCCCGGAGAGCUGUGGAUCAGAGGGCCCAAUAUCACUCGUGGCUAUGCGUUUAAUCCGAAGGCCAACCAGGAAGCUUUCCGCAUGGAGGGUUGGUACAAUACAGGAGAUGUAUGCCGUUUCGAUACGGAGGGAAGACUCUUCAUCGUUGGACGCACAAAGGACUUGAUCAAAUACAAAGGCUUUCAAGUCAGUCCAUCGGAGCUAGAACAGAUCGUCAACUCACAUCCACUUGUCAAGGAAGCGGGUGUCGGGGCGUUAUGGGAUGAGACCCAGCUGACCGAAGUACCUACUGCGUGGGUUGUACUUAAGGAUGGAGACAUGAUGAGAAGAGAAGAGAUUCGUCGAAGACUUAGAGAUAUCCAGAAGGUCGUUGAUAGCCAGAAAUCCGACAGGCAAGAUUCUGAGGAGGGAUCUGGUCAAGAUGACCGAUGGAGAGUGUUCAUUAGAUGA